AUGGAGUCUGAUCGGGACUUUAGUAGUGCUGCCACUGACCACGCUCUGGAUGGGUACAGCAUCGUCCAUUCACCGCCAUUUACUUUUCUGGUCGGCCCCAACCACACCAAGCUUACCAUCCAGUCCGGCCUCGCCCGUCAUGUCUCCCAGCCACUCGACCAUCUCAUGAACAGUGGGGAGACCCGCGAGUCAAAGCACCACAUCGCUGUCCUGGAAGAGUAUGACGUCGAAACUUUCGUCGCCUUCUGCGAGUACGCCUAUACCGGCGACUACCGUGUGCCACCCCCGGGGUCGCGCGAAGAGGACCGUGAGGAGCAGGCCGUAAACAAUCCGUUUCGCGGCGUUUUCUCCAACGAUCCUUCCAGCCCAGCAGCCAUUCCUCCGCGAGCCCCGACACCCCCUGGUCGACCGGUAGACCAACCCCAUGGGGACGACCACGACAAGUCUCUCGAUGAUGGGUGGAGUCGUCCGGACGAAGAGCACAGGCCCGCUGUAGUGGAGCACAGUUUCCCGGGCAAGGAUGACGACUGGGAGUGUGCCAUUGCUGAUGAUGAGCCCCAAGAACCAGUACCUGCGACAAAAGAGGCAAGCGAGCAGCCUCCUCCAACUCCCGCAGCGGAGCAGAAUGAUGGCGAUGGAUGGGACGCCAUUGGAGAUGAUGCAUCCAAGGGAAAGAAAGAGGAAGCCGCGCCCAACCUGACACCUCCAUCCACGCCACCCCCCUCGAACUCGAAGCCGGAAGAGGAAGCCGCCAAUCCUGCUUCUGAAACCAACGCAGUGUCUGAGGAUGUCCCUCCAACUCCUGAGGCUGCAGAGAUACCUCCUGCUCCGGAGCCAGCUGAUAAUGCGGCGGCGGCCUCAUCGCCCACCGAGAGCUGGGAACACACUGCGCCCACGCCUCCAGAAGAUGGGGCAGACGCCCCCAGCAAAGAGGACAACAAAGACCAGAAGGAAGAGACACAGCAGAAGGAGAGGGAAGAGUCCAAAGAGCACCAGGGAGUCACGGCCAGACGACAGACAGGUCCAAUGAUCGACACCUCUUUCGCCAGGCAGCAGUACUCCCGGAUGAACGAGAAAGGGACCAGUCUCUGGGACGAGUUCUCAGCCAUCGACUACGUCGACCCCCGCUCUUGCUCCGUGACGAGGCCUCCAAGCGUCAUGUCUGCUCGGUCCCCGUUUGAGCUGCCAUACCUGGUCUUCCAUGCCAAGCUGUACGUCUUUGCGACCCGAUACUUGAUCCCUGCGCUGGCCCAGCUUUGUCUCCGCAAGCUCCAUCGCGACCUGCUGUACCUGGGAUUCGCGGAAUCGAGCAUCGAGAGUGAGGACGAGGAGCAGCAUAGCCUCAACACCACCAAGGCCAGAAAGGUUCUUGAUCUCCUGCACUACACGUACACCAAGACUACUCGUCUGGAGCCGAUCACCCCCACGUCCGCUACACAGCUGCGGGAUAACGAGCUACGGAAGCUGGUCGUGCACUUUGCUGCCUGCAAGGUGCGUGAUUUGGCGGCCUACUCUCCACCAGUAGAGAGUGAUCUUGUAUCUCCGUCGAGCAAGCCAUUGAAGCCUUCAGCGCGGGGCUUCCGUGCCUUGCUGGACACCACCACCGAGCUUGCUUCGGACCUGGUGUAUCGGAUGAUGAUGUGA